UUACAGCUCUGCUCUGCUUUGUUAAAGGCUGAUUUGACGUUUCAUAAUUUAAAUUCUUACAUUUUAUUCCAAAUUAAAUUUGUUGGUGUUUGUUUUCUUCAAGUAGCAUUUACAACCGGAAAAAAUAAAAAAUCUUUUCGUUUGGAAAAAACUAAACCCAUUUAUUUUUGUAGAGAGAAUCAUAGCGAAGGUAUACGAUGACUACAGAUAUUUUAAUGGCCCAGGACAAUGUCGAAGAGACUCACGCCGAAACCCGAAAUCAGUUAGAACAAUUUACGAUCCUUGCAAAAACAGCCCAUGGGGCUGCCUGCUUGGAACUAAUCAAGCAAGUCCUAGAAGCACCAGGAAUCUAUGUUUUUGCUGAGCUUUUGGCAAUGCCAAACAUAGCUGAGUUGCAAAAUGGUCCAAAUGCAAGAUACUAUAAUACACUUAAUCUCUUCGCCUACGGAACUUAUAAGCAGUACUCACUUAACCCAUCUGAAUACUUGGAACUAACCACAGCAAUGCGAAAGAAGCUCCAACAUCUAACGAUUGUUUCUUUGGCAAUAAAGAACAAGUGCAUUCCUUAUAGUGUUCUGCUGGAAGAAUUAGAAGUCGAAAACGUGCGUCAUUUGGAAGAUGUGAUUAUUGAAGCAAUUUAUGCAGAUAUUAUUCAUGGAAAACUUUUUCAAAACAAUAGGUUUCUUGAAAUCGAUUUCGCACAGGGAAGGGAUAUUCCACCUGGUUACACAAGUAAAAUUGCUAAUACCUUACAAGAGUGGUCGGAUGCAUGCGAUGCCAUAUCGAAGUGCAUUGAAGAGCAAAUUAAUCGUGCAAAUUCAGAAAAAGCUAAACGCUUGAGAAAGAAGGAACGCAUAGACAAAGAAUUGAUAAAUCUUAAAAAGACUCUAAAAACCCAGCUGAACGAAUCCGAUGAUGUUAUGCAAACAGAAUCACGUGAAUCGUCUACAAGUCAUGAAGCUCGUAAGAAAUCAUGCAAAUCUAAGUCUGCUCGUCCUUCUGGAUCUUUUAAAUUUUCAUCACUGGGAAAGUAAUAUAAAUUAGUUCAUAUCAGCCCGUAUCCUCAUUGAAUUUUAAAAUAUUGCUUAAAGCGGAUCAGGAUCUAUUAAAGGAUGUAAUUUUUUACAAUAACAUUUUUCCCUUUAAAAUGUUUCUUUCUUAAAUUCUGAGCUUAAUUUGUUUAAUAAAUUCUACCUCCGAUAUUUAACUUAAAAAAA